GAACGCGAGUUCGCGGAGAGGCGCCGAAUACACCUCUCACGCUGACCAUCACCGCGUCGCUGACAUCCCCUCCUCACCGCCUCUCUUCAUCAUCACCGGCAGUCAAGAGCGUCCUGUGGUUUGACUGGGACGACGUACGGCGUGCCUAGAGACAGUACUGCUCCCGGUGUGAUAGGAACAUUACUCUUGCUGGAUCUACGUGUCGAACGCGGUGCAUGGCGACCUAUUCCUCUUUGCCUCCAACUGCGGGUCAACCACUGCCUCAGGUCACAGAAGAGGGCCAGACAACACCGUCGCAUGGCGGUAUCGUGGUAGGCCACGAGUUCGACGUCCCAAUCUCGCAGAAACCAUACCCAUCACCCGUGACGCAGCAGCCGCCUGGAACGCGCGAACAGACCUCUCUCCCGCUCUCAACCCCUCCGAGCCCUCGCCCACCACCCUCCCCGAGCCCAGCACCCAGCAGACGGCCGUCAUCGUCCGCGCACAAGCCAAGACCGGUCUCAAUGCCGCCCAACAGCUAUGCGACCCCGGAGCGCGAGGCGCGGGAUGACGGACGCGGCCGCGAGCAGAGCGCGAGCAAGUCACGCAGCAGCACGAAUCGCAUUCUCGGAGAUUACACGUUGAGCAAGACGUUGGGUGCAGGGAGCAUGGGGAAGGUCAAGCUAGCGCAUCAUAGUAUCACCGGCGAGAAGCUCGCAGUCAAAAUUUUGCCCCGGGUGGCCUCUCCUAGCGGAAGCACGAGCACCCCCGACGCGAAGCAGGCGUCCAAGGAUGCUUCAAAAGAGAUUCGCAUACUGCGCGAGGCCGCCCUGUCAAUGCUGCUCCAUCACCCGUACAUCUGCGGCAUGCGCGAGAUGAUUGUGCACGCCCACCACUACUACAUGGUUCAGGAGUACGUCAACGGCGGGCAGAUGCUCGACUACAUCAUCAGCCAUGGCCGCCUCCGCGAACGGGUUGCACGCAGGUUCGCGCGCCAGAUCGGCAGCGCGCUCGACUACUGCCACAAGAACAACGUCGUCCACCGUGAUCUCAAGAUCGAGAACAUCCUCAUCUCCCAGACCGGCAACAUCAAGAUCAUAGAUUUUGGCCUCUCGAACCUCUAUGACCCUGUGCAUCACUUGUCGACUUUCUGCGGCUCGCUCUACUUUGCCGCCCCGGAGUUACUCAACGCCAAGGUCUACACUGGGCCCGAGGUGGACGUGUGGAGCUUCGGAGUCGUUAUGUACGUACUGGUGUGCGGUAAGGUUCCCUUCGACGACCAGAGCAUGCCCGCUCUCCACGCAAAGAUCAAGCGGGGCCUCGUCGAGUAUCCUGUAUGGCUGAGUGCAGAGUGCAAACACCUCUUGACGCGAAUGCUUGUGACAAAUCCGGGCGCCCGUGCCUCCCUCACGGAGGUGCUCGCCCAUCCGUGGAUGGUGCGAGGUUUCUCGGGGCCGCCCGACUCCCACCUCGUACAUCGCGAGCCAUUACGGUCCGAUGAGCUCGAUCGGGCCGUUAUCCGGGGGAUGAAGGGCUUCGAGUUUGGGACGGAGGAGGAGAUCGAGCAGAAGCUCGUCGAGAUCCUCGAGACCGAGUCGUACUACCGCGCGGUGCAACACUGGGAGCGCAAGCGCAUGCUCCCGAACGGGCGCAACGGGAACGGGCGGCACUGGGAGUCGCUCUCGAACUCCUCGCUCGCGAUCUCGGACGGCUCGCUUACAGUGAACGGGAAGAACGACACGCCGUCCAAGGCGAAGCGGCGAUUCUCAGGAUUUGACUUCUACCGCAAGAAGUUCUUUUCCCCCGCUUCAUCUCCGCCAGGCUCGCCCUUUGCGGGCUCGCCGCCCACCUCCUCGUCCCACCUGUCCAACUCAUCCCUUACCGACUCUAGCCAACGCGACCCGCCAGACCCGACGUAUGGUUUCCAUCCACUCAUUUCCAUAUACUUCCUCGCGAGGGAGAAGAUGGAGCGCGAGAAGGUGUACGGGCCGGGACACUUUGCCAACUCCAACCUCUCGCUCGAGGCCUCAGCCCGCCCCGACGCGCAACCGAGCGGCGAAGGCCACCCGGACAACGCCAAGCAGCUGUCGCAGCCUACCCUUCGCAAAAAGGAGACGGUCACUGCGAAGGCAGAUUAUAGCAUGCCGUUACCGCGUCUCCCCGCACCAGAAACGUCGCACUUCUCCGGCAUGUCCUACGACGCAACUGCGGGUCCUACUCCCUCCCCGGUGUCCGCCACAUUCGGCGCACAACCCCGUGCUCGCGAUAUCGCUGUACCACGCACGAAUAUCGUACCAGCGUCCGCUCCCAACAGUCCCGCGAAGGGAACCAUGCCCCUGCCCCGAGCACCCGCAGCUUCCGCGCAUUCGGCGCAUCGCCGCAGCCACAGUCUCACUGGCCAGCGCCCAAACCCAGGGCGGCCGAUGUUCAACGGUGGCGGCGUUGAGCCCGUCAACGAGAAUGCGACGCUCAGCAUCCGUCCAGACCCGCAGGCGCUCGAGCCCCCACGCUCCGCAGGCCCGCAGCGCAUCUCGUAUGCGGAACAGCAGGCACAUGCCGCGCAUGUUGACGACUACGAGCCAAAGGUGCCGAUGUCCGCGGGCGCGACGCUCGUGCGCAGGUUCGGAAGCCUGAUCACGGGCCGCGUCGACGCCGAUGGGACACGGCGCUCUACCAGCGGCACGAUCAAGCGCGGCAGUAUUCUGAACACGCUGUCGCCGCGUCCGUCUGUGGAGGUGAGCGAGAAGGUUGUGGACGAGCACGGCCUGCUGGUGGAUGAGAAGCGGAGCGGAGAGGUGCGGAGGAGCGGCGAGUCGCCUGUGGGUACGGUGACCCAGAGCCAGAGCCAGCCAAUCGGUACCCCCCACCGUCGGGCUGCGACCAUCCUCGAUCCACAAGGCCGUGCGGCGAGACACGAGCGGAGGAACAGCGCAGGUCCUGCGUUGUUCGCCACCGCUGUGGGCUCCGUCGGACGCCAUCGCAGGCCGUCCACUGGCUACGCCACGGACUUCCGGAAACCGUUGACCGAUAGACUGUUCGGACGCACUGACGAGGAGGACGAGGGUGCCGAGGAACAGGAUGACCCUGCAUCGCCAGAUGCCGCUUCUGCCAGACCAGACGACGGUACGGGAGACGAGAGGGAGUUCAAGCCCGUGUACUUGAAGGGCCUGUUCAGCGUAGCCACGACGUCGACCAAAUCGCCCGCCGCCAUCAAGGCCGACAUCAGGCGCGUACUGGACAGAAUGCAAGUGCAGUAUCGUGAGACAAAGACCGGAUUCGAAUGUAUCCAUAUGCCGUCUAUCGACAUGACCUCAGUCCAGGCAGCGCCGCGUUCGCCAGACUUGAGGCAUCGGAAACGGGGGUCGAACGGCUCUGACGAGACGGGCACGACUCGGCGCUCGGUCGCGAGGAAGACUUCGAAGCUCUCAUUUGGCACGAACAGGAGUGCCAAGGACAAGGAAAAGACGCCUGAGACGAAGGAGAAGGAGCUCCCGAGCCGUCCAUCUGGAGGCACGAUUCUCAGCGCUACCGCGAGCAGUGCUUCGUCGUCCUUCUUCCAGGUCUCCUCAGACGCGCACAAGAACGCUCCGCAGGAGAAUGUGCGCUCGGAGAGCCCAUUGCCAACAGACGAUACGACCCCGCGCCCCACGUCGCCAACGAAGAGCAAGAUUCUGCCUCCCAUCCCCCGUGACUUUGCCGCGAGCCCUCAGCCUACGCUGGGCGCGCUGCCCACGGGCGAGGUGGCGCCCGAGGUCUUCGAGAGUCUCGGUGCUAACUCCCUUGCAGUGCGGUUCGAGAUCAAUGUCGUGAAGGUCCCGUGGUUACCCCUCCAUGGCCUUCAGUUCCGCCGCUCGGGCGGUGAUGGAUGGCAGUAUGGAAUGCUGGCCAGGCGGGUCUUGACUGAGCUUAAGCUAUGACACUCGCUACGACCGUGAGUUUUCUCUGUGUGGAUUCCUGGGUGAUGCUUUCACGAUCUAUACCUAUGACCGUACUACACUCGACUAGUUGUUUCCCUUUCGCGUAUCUACUUUCGCCUCGUUCUCGAGCCCCUACCGUACGAGUAGAACCGACCAUCCUUUGGGGUUUCCAUGUCCGCUCUGCAUAUGCUGAUUACUUAUCGAUACAACCCGUUACUUGUACCAAUGCUAUACCAUCCGGAGCUCCUAGGUCAAUGCAGUUCAUGGGAUUGCGAUCAAUCUUGCCGUACAAUUUGGGCCCGGUUUCCAGACUUAAUAAUGGUGUUCUAUGAGGCUGAUGAUGUGGACAUGUAGUAUGUCAUUAGCAAGAUACACUUCAGCAUAACAUGGCCAUUGGUACACCAGAGGUAAUUUAUCGUGAUUGUUGUUGAGUACGGC